UGCGGUCGUGUGAAUUUUCUUUUCACUCAACUAUGGAAUUGGAAAUUCGGCUCCGUAUAUUGAAUUGAUAAUGCGAUAAUUAAAGUAUAAAAUAGUUAAUUAAAAAUGAUCAGGAACGUUUCGAAGUAUUUUAAGGUGCUAGCGUUACUCAUAAUCGUUACGAUCGUGUUCUUUAGUUUUCCUAGUUUUUGUAACGCUCAUAAUCAUCAUGAUCAUGAUCACGAUCACGAACAUCACCAUCACGAAGAACCGCCUUCAUUCAAAUAUUCCAAAGAAGCCAACGCCAAAUCACAACAGCCCACAUCCAAGAAAAAGGCAAUGAGUAUGUCUAGUAUAUGGUCGGAAGCUCUAUCUUCUACCAUCAUUAUCAGUAUAGCGCCGUUUAUAAUAUUGUAUUUCAUACCCCUGAAUAACCGAAGGGAGCAUAGUUCAUUUUUAAAAAUAUUAUUAAGUUUCGCUUCCGGAGGAUUGUUAGGUGAUGCAUUUUUACAUCUGAUUCCUCACGCCCUGAUGCCACAUUCUCAUCACGAUGGUCACUGUCACAGUCACUCGCAUUCGCAUUCGCAUUCCCACGGUGAUAAUAACAUCGGUCUGUGGGUCUUGAGCGGUAUUCUGGCGUUCUUGGUUAUCGAGAAAAGUGUUCGUUUGCUGAAAGGUGAGCACUCCCAUUCGCACUUUGAUUCCGACGAAAGCGAAGAACAUAAGGAUAAAAGUGAUAAAAAAAAGAAAGCUGUUAAAGAAAAGAAAUCCGACGAUAAAGUCGCCGACGACGACAAGGAUUCAGCUUCUGAAACCGAAGAGGAAAUCAAAGUCGCCGGAUAUUUGAAUCUAGCCGCAGAUUUUACGCAUAACUUUACCGAUGGCUUGGCCAUUGGCGCCUCUUAUCUUGCCGGAAGAACUGUUGGUUGGGUUACUACAAUUACAAUUCUGUUUCACGAAAUACCUCAUGAAAUUGGUGAUUUUGCCAUUCUAGUCCAAUCAGGAUGCUCGAAAAAGAAGGCUAUGUUUUUGCAGUUGAUUACGGCUGUUGGUGCUAUUACCGGUACUGUAGUAUCGCUUUUAUCGGGAGGAAUUGACGAAAGUACAACUUCUUGGGUGCUGCCAUUCACAGCUGGCGGUUUUAUUUAUAUAGCCACAGUUUCCAUUAUACCAGAUUUAUUAACUGAUACGAAGUUCGUGCAAUCUAUCAAAGAAAUUGCCGCGUUAUUAUUCGGAGUUCUAAUGAUGGUGAUAGUUGCACAAUUCGAGUGAUACUUGUAA